GCCAUGCCCCCCCUACCUCCUAUUGGAAUCUAUCCUGGCAAUUUUUCCCUCAACGUAUUCGGCCUCGCAGGGUUGUUCGGGGCCGAUGAAUCCAUCUCCUUUAUACAGACCAUCCAUCAUUACAAGGCCAGAAAGUUCUUGGGAUGGUACAACUCCCCCGGCAGUUUGAACGUUGGCAAGAAGUGUGGAAAGCUCGCAAAAUCCCGUUUCUGGGAUUGGCUCUUCCCUGGGCCAGAUGAAGAACCCACAAAAUUCUUCGAGCUUGAUGGCAAGCAGGGCCCGAAAUAUGUUGCCUCUAGAUCUGGAUACGUCCUGGGAUACACAGGCCACUUUGCGUAUUUCAUAAUGCAGAAGAGCAAGGAGGAGCUAGGAUAUCAGUUGAAAGGAAGAGUCACGAAACGGAAUAAAGUGACCAUUAUCAAGACGCAGCCACAGCUGGUUCGCGAGAUCCCACCUCGUAUAGGGCGUCACACGCUCGUUGCAAUUCUACCGAUAGGCGUUAGCUUCAUCACAUGUGCACUUUGUGGAUGGGCACACGACUGGUUCUGCUUUUCAAUGAUUCUUCUGGGAAUUGUCUUAAACGGCAUAUUCUCCGUGGUCAUAGGAUCAGCACGUUUAAAGCUGCAAGGCGUGAAUUCAGCACCUACGGCUCCGCCCGGAGACGGAAUGCUGAUGGACGGUGAUGAUAUCGUCCUCCUGAUCGGGAAAGAGAGAGACGUCGCCACGAUCACGAGGGGCAAGUUCAUUCUUGAAUAUGACCCCUGGCCCGUCGAAUAUGAGUACGCUGCCAUUGGAUUUUGUUCGCUCCUAUUCAUCAUACAAUUCCUCUGCCAACUGCUCUUGAUACCCCAAGGCACAUUAUUUGGCCAAAUCAUGUUCCUGUCCUCCCUCGUAGCUUCAUGGGCGUACAACUCAUACUUGUCCUUAAUCGACAACGAGUAUAUCCAGCAACAAUUGAUCCUAGAAGGACUUCAUCUGGAGGAGCAUCAUAUGAUGACGUACAGCCUUGGCACGAGGACAACUGCCGCAGUAUUCGCAUGCCUGGUACUCCAGCCUCCUGUUAUUUGUGCAGAAUCGGAAUGGGUGGACCUAGAUUUCGAAUUAGAAAGUGUCAUUCGUGCCUUCAUUCCGAAUGAUACGCAGGUGUGGGUUACAUGGAGAAAAAAGAUCUCGGAGGCAAUGAGACAGCGCAAUAGCAACCAAGAUGCUUGUCACGGUUUACUCAAGAUGAGCAGCGAGGAGGAAAGUUAUUUCGAAGCAGGUGAAAGGAAGCUUCUCAAAAACCUCUUGGAAGACGCUAAAACUGCAUAUGAUCUGGCCAUGGAAGUGCAGAAGUGGUUGAAGGAAAAAUAA